GAUAAUGCAUCAAUUAUUGAGAUAUUUAAAUUAUUGGCUGAAUUAUAUUCCACCUUUCUUCGGAGUUAAACUUUGGUUAAACUGUUAGAAUUUCAGGUAGUAGGAGGCCAUAUUUGUUUACGUUUUGUCAUUUGUGCCAAUUUAAAAAAAACGGGCACAAUUCAUUAUUCCUUGGUAAAAUGCAUGUCAGAGUAAGAUUUUUUGGGAAACCUGACACAAUUGUUGUUGUAGAAUCUAAACUAACGAAGAUAGAACAGUUUCGGCGUAUCAUAAAAGAAAAGUUUGGCGUUGAACCCAAAUCUCAACGUUUAUUCUAUGGAGGGAAAGUUCUUGAAAAUGGAUACACAUUCCAUGACUAUAAUAUCAAACUUAAUGAUGUUGUCCAAUUGAUGGUGAAAUGUCCAGAAGAAAAUGUACAAAAUGAAGAAAUAAAAGAGGAACUCAAACUCACUGUACCCAAAGAGUCUGAAGAAAAGAAAGUUGAAUACAAAGAUGUUACCAGCACAUUGUUUGAAGUUGGUGAUUUAGUUGAUGUACGAACCAGAGAUGAGGGUUCAUGGUUUGAAGCAAAAAUUAUAAGAAUAGUGCUAGACCCUAAUGUUGCAGACAUUCCCAGAGAUACUUGUGAAUAUGAUAAAAAUGAUGUUGAGAACCAGCCUCCAGGAAACAGUAAAAAGAAAGGAAUUGAAAAGUUUUUUGCCAAACAGAUGAAAGAUAAGUUCAAAACUAAUAUUAUAGGGCAAGAAGAGCAUUUACUAUUUCAAGUACAUUUUGAAGAGUUUGAGGAUGAUUCAGAUCAGUUUUGUAAGUUAAAAGAAAUUAGGCCAAGAGCACGGAAUAGUAUUGAUAUCAAAGAUGUGAAACCUGGAUGGAUGGUUAUGAUCAACCACAACAUUAACAAAUCAUCAGAAAAAGGCUUUUGGUAUGAUUUUAAAGUGGAGGAAGUAAAGAAAGUUAGAAGAGGUUAUGAACUAGUGGGAACACUAUAUCUUGGUCAAGAUGCGAUACCUCAAAAUGACACCAAAGUCCCCAUUCAUGAUAAAAUAUUUGCAAUAGAAGAAAUUGUUCCACUAGCGAAACGAUCUGAAGAGUACAAGAAGUUGAUUUCUAACCCUCCUGAGCCAAGAACGAAACCUUUAAGGUGCACAGCGUGUCGUGAUGAUGAGGAUGUAAAUUGUAAGGAAUGUGGCUGUUAUAUCUGCUAUGGAAAGGAAUCACCUGAUGAGAUUAUCCUCUGCGACGAGUGUAACUACGGUUUCCAUAUGAAGUGCUUGGAUCCACCUCUAAAGGAACUGCCCGAAGAAGACUGGUACUGCCCUUCUUGUAAGAGAGAUACAAACGAAGUGGUUGCUCCAGGUGCAGCAAAGCAAAUCAAAAAGAAUUCCAAAAGUAAUAGAGACUGGGGCAGAGGCAUGGCAUGCGUUGGCAAAACAAGAACCUGUGCUAUGCCUGCUAAUCACUUUGGUCCGAUUCCUGGUAUCGAAGUCGGAAUGUGUUGGAGAUUUAGGAUUCAGCUUUCAGAGUCUGGGGUACAUAGACCACCAGUGUCCGGUAUCCAUGGCCGAGAUGUUGAAGGCGCUUACAGUAUUGUCCUUGGAGGUGGAUAUGAGGACGAUUAUGACAAUGGCUAUGAAUUCACAUACACUGGCAGCGGUGGUAGAGAUUUGUCAGGCAAUAAGCGCACUGCAGAACAAUCCUGUGAUCAAACACUUACCAGGGAGAAUAAGGCGCUAGCACGUAACUGUGCAGUGAAAGUGAUAAGCGAAAGUGGUGGUGACGCGGGUGAUGACUGGAAACAAGGCAAGCCUGUCCGUGUUGUCAGGUCUUACAAGAUGAUGAAACAUUUUCCCAAAUAUGCGCCAAAGGAAGGCAUACGUUAUGACGGAAUAUACAAGGUUGUCAAAUAUUACCCGGAAAAAGGACUUUCAGGGUAUCAGGUGUGGAAAUAUUUACUUCGUAGAGACGACCCUAAUCCCGCCCCUUGGGAAGCUGGCGCAAAUCAAUAUCCUAUUAUCUAUCCAGAUGGUUAUCUUGAAGCAGAAGCCGAGAAAAAGGCACUUAAGGAAAAAUCCAAAAAGGGUAAACCCAAGAAAAGAACCAAAGAAAAUGACUCUUCAGAUUCUGACUCUCCUCGUCCGACUAAAAAACGUAAAGUUAAAGAAAAUGUUACAACAAAAAGAACAUUAAAAGAAAAUAAUUGUCUUAAAGAAGAGGAAAGGAAAACGAAAAAAGUCAGAACCUCCGACUCGGAGUCAAAAGAAGGAGACAAAAGUGCUUCAGUGCCAUCGAGCCCAAAAAUACCAGACAUAUUCAAAAAAGCUGCCAGAAGUCCGAAAUCCAAGGAAAAUGCAACCGGCCUGACUUCUGAAGAAUUGGCUGUCAUUAAAUCUGACUCUUUGAAUACCAAAUUGUGGAACGAAUGUGUUGACAUAUACAAAGAACAUGGAAAGAAGGAGUUUAUAGAACACGUAACUCAAGUGUUUUUGUGCAUCAUUUGUCAAGACGUCACCGUUUCACCUGUUACCACUCCAUGUCUACACAACUUUUGUAUGGCUUGUUUAAAGCUGGCUUUUAAAUCGACGGAUUGUCAGCAGUGUCCAUGCUGUAGGCACAACUUGUCCAAAAUGGAACUAACUCCAAACGAAAAUCUUAAAACUGCACUUCGGACCAUUCUUGCCGGCUAUGAUGCCGGUAAGAAAUAGUUGAUUUUUUUCUUGCAGUGAAGUCUCUAUUUUAUAUUUGACAUUUUGAAUAUUAUUUUUUAAUACAAAUUUGACAUUUAAUUUAAUAUCUGCUUAUGUGUGCGUUUGUAAGAGAUAGCCUAUGUGGCUUUGUCUCUGUCUGUAACGUUUGUUGUUUAUGUCAUUCGUUAUUCCAUCUAUGUUCGUGACACUGCAAUCUUUGGUAAUUUGAAUAAUUAUUUAUUUCUGGAUAAUACAAUGUUUUUGAUUUAUUUUAUGAAGUAUUAGAAUUGGAUAGAGGUUUCACUGUGUGUUUUUUAUUACGAUGAUUUUUUUUUGUUAUAAUUUUUUGGUAUUAUAAUUUUUUUGUGUUAUAAUUUUUUGGUAUUAUAAGUAUUAAGCAUUAAGUGAAGGCGUAUGAACUACCUCUACGAUCUGUGCUAUAUUUUAAGUAGAGCUUUAAGCACAGACUUUGUUUAGCUGUAUUAUUAAUUUUUAUUGAUAACAUUGACGAUUCUUCAAUGAGAGUUGACAUAAAAAAAGCUGUAAAAUUUUACCCUUUUGGACCCUUUCCGAUAAAAAUGAAUAUACCGGGACUAAAAUAAAUGGCUUUGGUUGCCAUAAAUACCAUUCUUUAUGGAAAUUACGUCCAUUGCCUCAGUAACAAAUGUUAUGUCAACCCAUACAAAAGCACAAACAUUUUAAUUCCCAUUCAUCGUUUGUUCAAUUUAAUAACGGGAAAGCAGAAAAUUCUAUGAAAUAUUAUUUUUCUAGUUCAAAGAUACUUAAUUAUUGUAUAUUUGUUUUGUUCGAAAUGUUUUUGUUAGUCUUUUGCCGUAAUUGGUUUUCGGUUAAAUGUUUAAAUCGAUGUAUCUUUGUAUUUGAUUAAAACGUUUGAUUGAUUGUAUGAUUUAUUGUGAUAUUCAUUCCGUAUCUGAUGAUGAUUAUGUAUGAUUUUGUUUAGAUUAUGUGUUCACAAUUAUUACAAUACUUCACAAUUAUUAUAUUUAAUUUGAUAAUUAAA